AUGGAGACGUGUAAAUUGGAUCUUGAAUUCGAUGAAGAGAAUGAAGAAGUAGUCUUUUCAGUUAUUGGUGCCCGUAGUGUUUAUUUAAGUGGUUAUUAUAUCAAUCCCAACCGCCACCAUUCAAUAAGAAGAUAUGAUGAUGAUACAGAUUCAUAUGGAGAAGAUAUUGUUGAUACUGAGAAUGAACAAUCAAACUCAGAGGACGACGACUAUGACUUUGAUGAUAGUUUCAUCAAUGAUAGUGACCCUGAGUUUUGCCUUCCAUCUAGGAAUAAGGGUGAUGAUGAGAUCCGCUUGACACCAAGUUUUAACCUUGAAUGCAAAAAAGGUGUUGAUUUUAGACGAAAGCAUCUUAAGAAAAAAUAUAUAGUCAGUGAAUCGGAUGAGGAUGAUGAACCUGCUGAACAAUCAAUUGCCGUCAAAGAAAUUAAAAAGCAUUUGAUUUUGAAUGCCAAUGAGGAGGAUAAGUUACCCAUUUCUUCCUUGUUCAAAAGCACAAAGGAUGUAAAAUAUGUUGAAGCAAAUGUAACUCUAGUUGAAAAGUCAUCCAGAAUCAGCGAAGAAAAAGGCGGACAGAAGGUUGAUGAAGAUGCUCAUCAUGAUACUUGCUCUAAAAGGACCAUUGAUAUUCCUGAAGGAAAAAGUGGAAGUGACCGUGGUUGUGAUUUAUCAUUACCAUCUAAUGAUGACAAGAAUAAUAAAAGUGAGACUCCGAAGAAAAAGAAGAGACGAAUGGAUGAAGAGAAAGACAAUAGUCUUAAUGGACGAGCAAAGCCUGAUGGGGUGCUUGAGACAAUGGAUAAAGAGAUUGGUCUUGAAGAUGGUAACAACGGAGUGACAGAGAAGAAAAGGAAAAUGAAGAAGAAAGAUGCCAUCCAACAGGAAGAGAAUGCCCUUUUUGAAGGGCUAAUGCAAGAUGUGCAGGCUGAUUUAAACAUUAAAAACAUGAAUAAAGAGAUUGAUAUUGAAAAUCAGUUCCAUGAUGUGCAUCCCGGUGGUGAUAAGGGAAGUGACAAGAACCGUGGCUCCUUGCAACAAUUUGACAAGGAUAGCAAUGGAAAAAAAGUGGCAGCAAAGAGAAAACAAAACAAGAAACAUGCCGCUAAGCAGGAAGAGAAAAACAUAGGGACAGAACAAAGGAAAAAAAAGAAAAGAAUUGAGAAAGAAGUGAUAGCUUCUGAUGUUGGGGUAAACCAAGAUGGGCAGUCCAAGACGAGGAUGGAAAUCAUUAAUCAAGAGCUUGCCAUUGCAAGUGAGCUGCAUCAAAGUUCAAAUGUUACCAAGGCAAAUGAACAAGUUCGUGAUUCUCAGUUGAGAUCCAACAAGGAUGGCAAUGGCAAUGUUGAGACAAAGAAGAAAAAGAAAAAGAAGCAGCAAGCCAUUGAACGGAAAGAGAAUAUUUUUUAUGGGGAAAAUCAAGAUGGACCAAUGGGGAAAAAUAUUAAAAUGAUUAGCCAAAAAUCUGUUGUUAAAGAUGAAUUGCAAGAAAGGCCCCCAAAUGAUGAUGGUGCAUGUGAACAAGCUUGUGAUUCCCAGCUGUCUUCCAAUAAGGAUUGCAUUGUCAACACUGAGACGAAGAAGAAAAAGAAAAAGAAGCAAGCCAUUGAACAGGAGAACAUUCUUUUUGGGGUAAACCAAGAUGGGCAGUCUGAGAAGAAUAUUGAAAUGAUUAGCCAAGAACAUGCUAUUGAAGAUGAACUAGAAGAAAGGCUCCCAAAUGAUGAUAGGAAAGAUGAACAUGCUUGUAUUCCCAGCCCUCUUCAUUUUAUAUUAGAUAUGACUCUUGGCAUCAGUAUUGAUAAUGUUGCGGAUACAUACGAUAGUGAGAUGAAUAAAGAGAUAAUGGAAAUGAAGGAUGAAAGCCUGACCCAACAAGGAAGGUGA